AUGCAAGCCUCCCGACUUACCGACCUUCCAGUCUUCCGUGUCGUCCUCCGGGACGUGAUGCGGUACGACACGUACGAGACCCGCCAAUUCGACCUGCCUUUGAACGCAACCUUUGCUAUUGGCCGUGCCUCGAGCAGUGUUACCAAGAAAGAGCUGAUGGCCGCACCGCACAAUGCAUAUAUCGACAGCCCAGUCAUCUCUCGCCAACAUGCUGUCCUCUCCGCCAACUCCACUACCGGCGUACCUGAAGUCUACAUCAGCGACCAAGGCUCCAUGCACGGCACUAUGAUCAACGGCCAGAAACUAACACCAAACACACCUACAAAGCUCUCGUAUGGCGACGAACUCCAGUUUGGCACCGACGUUAAUCGUAACGAGGAAUUCUUUCCAGCCCGCAGAUACGUCUUCGAGGCUCAGCUCAUACGCCCUUUCUCCCUUGGUUUCACUGUGCCUGACGCCGAGAGCGAGGACGAGGAGGUAGAAGUGGAACCACUCCCACGCUGUGGCAGCCACAUCGAUCGACUUCUCGCCGAAAACGACUCCGAAGAGGCUCAAGAUCAGGGAGACGCUACCAUAGUCAUGGAAGACAUGCUGCUCCAGGGGCAGCCAGCCAAGACAAGCCGCUUUGGUCCGGAUGUAUACAAUAAGUCCAUAUUGCGUACUACGAUUGUCGAGGAUUUAUGUGACGAGGACAAGGAAGGUGAAAACAUACAUCAAGCCGGUUAUGCGUCAAAUGGCGAUGAGUCAGUCUUACCUCACACUCGCAGUUUUGCCAGUGCAAAAGACGAUGGUGAACCUAUUGAGAGUGACGUCGACAGCAAGUCUGAAAGCAUUGACAGCUCUGAGAUUGAUUCUGAAUCUGAAGGCGAGAUGAACGAGGCUGAAUACUCUGAGCCUGUCGCAAACUCAGUCACCCAUGGAACCCAGUACGCGAACAGGGACACAAUAUCCGCCUCGGAACAGUCUGCCAACACAAAUCUAAAUGAUGCUCCCUUUCGACGCAUUUACACUUUUAGGGGUGCGGAGGAGGCCCCAUUGCGACUUCCUUGUCUUGAAACAUUUGGGCUGCAACGCUCUGAUUAUCAUGAAAACACAUGCGGUGAGUCUUCCAAGGCUGGCAUGGCAAAGGCUGCCAAAAUCGAUCACCCGCCUUCAUGUUGCGAGACGGCCCCACCUCUGCCACCUCGUUCCGCAUCUAAACCUGCAUCCUGGGGCACCUGGUCAUAUCCUCCUUGUUCUCAGGACGAAACUCAAGACUGGUACCAGCCAGCCAACCAUGUGGGCAUGACCUGUGAACACCCGUCUCUAGUGUACAACUCUGUACAGACUCUUGCACAAGAGCCCGUUGAUGCUCGAUCUUUCUAUCCCCAGGCCAGCGAGCCAUCCCAAGCUCACCGACUCCAAACACCUCCACCAGCCCCAGUUUCAGAAGCUGAGGUCCUUACGCCAUUGCAGCCAGGUCGUCGCACGAAGGUUUCCAUUGAAGAGAUUGUUGAAGAGGUUGUCGAAGAGAUUGUCGAAGAACAUCCGCCCACUCCAAUAUCAGUCAACGACAUGAAGCGCAAGGCCGAUGUACUUGACGAGGAGCCAGCAGUACUCCAAGAGGAUAUUCCGAAGACGGUCUCAGUUGCUACUGAUGGUAGUGCAAGCAACUCAAUGGAUUCAGAUCCAGUUGCUGAGGUCAUUGCCGCUCAGACAGCAGCUCAAAUUGCUCAGCGUCCAAAGAAAAUACCUCGCUCUGUGCUUGGUAAGGUUCUUAACAAGGCUGCAUACCCUCUUCUUGGCGCCACUGGUGCAGUCGUAUCUUUCGCCCUUCUGUCCACACUUCCGGAUACCUUUUUCUUGUAGAGGUGUCUAUUGGCCACCCUCUCCCCCUUUUUUCAUGGCGUUUGUGACAACACUGCAACACACGGCAAAGGUUUGCAAACAUGAUAUCAGUAUGGGGUAAAUCUACGGAUCGCAGCAGUUAGUGCUAAAGGCGUUUUGGGCAACGUUAGGAGAGGUGGCUCUAGUCAAGAGCGGGGGUUGGUUUCUGUUUGGUAGGCGUUUUGGAUGGUAAUAUGCUGGUCUUGCAUGGCGUUUAUUCUCUAUAUCGAUAACGAAAUGAACAACUGAAAAUGU